CAGCUCCAGCCCAGGCACCUUUCCCUGCUCUCUCCUCUCCAGAACCUGGACCCAGAGGACCGCUCAGCAUGAGGCUGCUCUCCCAGACACUGUGCCUGUGCCUGGCUCUGGCUCUGAGCCAGGCCGCUCCAUCGCACUAUGACUUCAUGAUGGCAGAUCACCAUGGUGCACACGACCACCCGCUGCACCUGGAUGACGAUGCCCACCACGGUGCCAAGCCUGACCGCUGUGAGGGAAUCGAGUUUGAUGCCAUCACCCCUGAUGAGAAGGGAAACGUCUUCUUCUUCAAGGGUGAUCACCUGUGGAAGGGCUACAGUGGACCUGCUGAGCUGUCGAAUGCCUUCUUCAAGGAGCUGGACGAACACCAACACCUGGGUCAUGUGGACGCUGCUUUCCGCAUGCACUACACAGACGACCCCACGCACCAUGACCACAUCUUCUUCUUCCUGGAUGACCACGUCUUCAGCUACUACAACCACACCCUGGAGGAGGGCUUCCCAAAGAAGAUCCAGGAAGUGUUCCCAGGCAUCCCAGACCACCUGGACGCUGCUGUGGAGUGCCCCAAGGGCGAGUGUAUUGUUGACUCUGUCAUCUUCUUCAAGGGAAACAAAGUGUACCACUACGACAUUGCAACCAAGGCGGUGAAGGAGAAGGAGUGGUCCCACAUGCCCAACUGCACAUCUGCCUAUCGUUGGCUUGAGCGUCACUACUGUUUCCAUGGACACAAUUUCACCAGGUUCCACCCUGUCACUGGAUCUGUGGUUGGAAUGUACCCCAAGGAUGCCCGUGACUUCUUUAUGAAGUGCCCCGGCCGUGGCCAUGGGCAUGGUGGCUCGGACAGCGAACGCUGCAAGGACGUGAAGCUGGACGCCAUAACCUCAGAUGACAAGGGCAAGACCUACGCCUUUAGCGGUAAAGUCUACAUGCGUCUGGACACCCACCGAGACGGCUGGCACGGCUUCUCAAUAGCCAGUGCCUGGAAGGAGGUAGAGAGCGAUGUGGACGCAGUCUUCUCCUACGACCAGAAGAUGUACCUCAUUAAGGGUGACCAAGUUUACAUCUACAAAUCGGCAGCACAUUACACUCUCAUAGAGGGGUACCCCAAACCCCUGAAAGAGGAGCUGGGCAUUGAGGGCCCCGUGAAUGCUGCAUUUGUGUGUGGAGACCAACACACUGUGCAGAUCAUUAAAGGGCCGAAGUUGCUGGACAUUGACCUGUCUGCCACGCCACGGCGCGUGGUCAAGGAGUCUCCCCUGCCCUUCCCCAAAAUUGAUGCCAGCAUGUGUGGCCCCACCGGCCUGAAAGUGUAUGCAGGAUCUGACUAUUACCAGUUUGAGAGCCCCGCUCUCCUGACUUCUGGCAAAAUUCGGCCCCAACCCCACAAGAUCCCCCAGGAGAUGCUGGGCUGCGGCCACUAGGAUGGCGAUCUCAUAGAGGAAAGGGCAUGGAGAAAGUGGUUUAGUACACACAAUGUCAGUCAGGCAUCGCCAGAAUGGUGUUAAAGAAUCUUGACAGGAGGUGGCCGUGUUGCCACACACACACACACACACACGCAUAUGUAGAGUAGCAGAUUACAUGUCUUGUGUUUGUUUCUGUGUUUACCAUAGGAAUGCAUGUUUCUUGUAAAUCACUCCCUAUCACUUUUGAAAUCUUGUACUCGCAUAGCCACUGACUACAUCAUAAUAUGCAUUCUUUACCACCACCUGUAGUUCUGCAUCAGCUGUGUUCAUCGCAGAGAUUUCACGUAAUCCCGUUGAAAUCAUGGAAGGAAAUGCCUGUUCCAUUGCAGCUGCUCACGGUGUCUCCACAUUCCUGGUUGUGCCUUCCAUUGUGACCACAUU